ACAUAUUCAGUAUACAGCCUUUACAAAAAAGCUCAGUCUGGUGAUGCUUUAAAAAUGCACCAAUAGAACAUAAAACUGUGGAAUAAGGAGGGAAGUGCAUAUAAUUCAGGUAGCAGCUACCAUCAAGAACAGUUAGACGUAGAGCUCUUCAACAGCAGGCACCCUAGGGAAAUAUUUAUAAUAUAAGCAUCACAAAGCUGACAUUAACAACAUACUUAAGUAUUACCUUUAUCAAGCUUGUGGUUUUCAAUUAGCUUGCAAUGCCAUCAUACAAACUGACAUACUUCAAUGGACGAGGGAGGGCAGAGAUUGUGAGGUUUGUCCUACUACAAGCAGGAGUUACCUAUGAAGAUAACAGAAUAGAAUUUGAAACCUGGGGAAAGAUGAAGAAAAGUGGAGUUGCACCAUUCAGUCAGCUUCCAAUACUAGAGCUAGGAGAUGGCACAGUUCUGUCGCAGAGUGGAGCUAUAGCCAGAUUCAUUGCAAAACAGAAUGGUCUUGCUGGAAAAGAUCUGAUUGAGCAAGCACUGGUUGACUCUAUAAUGGAUUCCACAGUGGACAUCUUCAACACAAUGGCAAAGAUCUACUUUGAAAAGGAUGAGGGACAAAAGGCUACUUUGAAGAAAAAGUUUAUUGAGGACACUUUCCCAACAUGGGAGACAAACAUAGGGAAGAUCCUCCAGCAGAAUGCAUCAGGGUGGCUGGUUGGUAAAGCUUUGACCCUGGCUGACCUGGCUGUGUUUAGACUGGUUGAUGAACUGAAGCUAUCGGGUGGUGAUGCACCUACUGUAAAAAGCCCUCUAUUGAAACAACAUGCAUCUAAAGUGGCAGAGCUGCCUAAAAUUGCCAAAUGGUUGAAGGAUCGCCCCAAAUCAGACUUCUAAAGACAACAUAUAUUCAUAAGCUGUGUGCCAUAUUGUAAAUAUUAGACUGAGAUCACAUACAAGACAUCACAAAACUAGAAAAUCCUGCAAUUAAUAGUUGAAAUGUCUCCAUCAUGUGAUUUAUUGGUAUAAACAGUUUGCGAAACUUAAAUUUCAUUUACCUUUUGCUGCUCCCACAAAAUAUAAAAACAUCUAUGAAUUAUAUACUCACCAAAGAGGCCGACCUCCUUCUGAGAGAGGACAAUCUAGGGAUGCUACGUCGUCUGCCUCCAGGUGAUACGUCUAUAUUUGGACAUGGAUCAUCUGUUUUCCUCUCAGGGUGUGACGAUUUUGGGGUCAGACAUUCAUCAACUACCACAUUCUCACUUGUGACAGGCUUGAUAGAAUGAUGUGGAGUUUUUGCUGAAUCAGUCUCUUGAUCCACUGGAUUAACAGUUUCAUCUUUGAGUUUGUCCUCUUGACCAUCUAUUGUUUCUACAUUUCUUAAAGGAUUUUCAGCAUUAGUCUUAGUGACAUCUGUUUGCUUUACUUUAGCUACAGAAUUGUUCUCUUCAGAAGACUGUGUGUCGGAUUCAGUAAAUGUAGCUGUGAUUUCAGUGUUCUUUGGGUUGUUAUUUGUAUUGAUUGUGUUGUCAUAGCUAUUAUUCCACUUGAUUGUGUUGUCUUGUAUAAUACUGGUUGUAAGAUUUGGCAUCAAUUGGAGGGAGGUUACAUUAUUGGUGUUAUUCAACUCAUCACAAGUGUCCUUUGAAUCAUUAUUGUUAACAGGGUCUUUGUCAACACUUUGAGAUGAUUCUUUAUCAGCACAAUUAUUUUUAUCCAUUUGACUCCUCACAUCUAAUUCAUCAUUCAAUUUGGUUGAGUUGUACUGGUGUAUUUCUGUAUCUUUGCUUGUACCUUCAGUCAAUAACAUGUUAUCAUUUCUUUCUUCAUUUGAGCCUUCUGUUGCAUCAUCAUGACC